AUGCUCUACAAGGAACGCUUGACAGGGAACGCUUGCUUAGUGGAUAUAGAUUUACGGGGAUUGGCAUUAGGUUUUGUGGAUCCGUGUCGAGUAGCAAGGAAGCAUGGGGAGAUCGGCACGACUUUAAGUUAUGUCGUGGAUCAUGUCUUCGUCAUGCAUUUUAGUAAAGGAAAUGAUCUUUGUAUGUGCGAGAUCGAGCUCGGCUUAACCGUAACUGGUAGUUUGAUUCAGCAUGAUAUUGUUUGUUAUUUGGGAGCGAGACUAAGCUUGACUUCAGAUUAG